AUGAAAAUCGUAAAAGUGCCGCUAUUGUUUCUUUGUACAACUAUUCUGGUCAGUGUAAUCGAAACGCAAAUUAUCGAACGUCCUAAUGUGCUGUUUAUAAUUUUGGACGAUUUUCGCCCGGCAAUAAAAAACGGAUAUGGAGACGAGAACGCAAUAACACCCAACAUCGAUCGGCUCGUUCAGGAUGGAUAUUACUUUGCCAAUGUGUUCGCACAGCAAGCUCUUUGUGCUCCAAGCCGGAAUUCAAUGCUCACCGGAAGACGGCCAGAUACGGUGCGCUUGUACGACUUCUACAGCUACUGGCGUCAAACAGCUGGCAAUUUUACCACACUCCCACAGUACUUCAAGCAGAAUGGAUACCACACGCAUUCUGUUGGAAAAGUUUUCCAUCCGGGAGCUUCGUCGAACUUCACUGACGAUUAUCCGCACAGUUGGUCCGAACCGACCUACCACCCAUCGACGGAUGAGUUUUCGAACGCAUCCGUCUGCAUCGAUCCUGAGGAUGGUGGCCGCAUGAAACGGAAUCUUCUAUGUCCGGUCGUGCCGGAGAUGCAACCACUGCAUUCGCUUCCCGAUAUACAAAGUACAGAGGAAGCGAAACGGUUCCUUCAGGAGCAUCGAAAUGGUGAUCCAUACUUUCUUGCCGUCGGCUAUCGGAAACCGCACAUCCCUUUUCGGAUUCCUUUCAAGUAUUUGGAUCUCCACUCGAAGUCGAAGUUCACCACACUCGAUCUCGACUAUCCACCGUACGGUCUGCCGAACGUAGCUUGGAGCUCCUUCCUGGACGUACGCAAUAGGGACGACUUUACACGCUUGAACGUAAGCUUCCCCUUCGGACGUGUUCCGGAAGAUUUUAAACUACGCAUUCGGCAACAUUACUACGCCGCCGUGACGUACGUAGAUGAUCUGAUCGGUCAGCUACUGAAGGACGUGGAUCGCAGCAAAACGAUUGUGGCACUGACGGGGGAUCACGGUUGGGCGCUAGGUGAACACGGGCAGUGGGCCAAGUACAGCAACUACGAUGUGGCGGUACGCGUUCCCCUCAUUAUCAACCUUCCCGACGCAUUUUCCGAUUCGAUCGAUAAGAGAAGGAUCGAUAAUGUGGUCGAACUUCUCGAUCUAUUUCCUACGCUCGUCGAUCUUGCCGGUUUGCCGACUGUGCAGCGGUGUGACGAACAACGUCCCCACAAACCACAGACAUGCGUUGAAGGGAAAUCUCUUUACUCACUGCUUCAACGGAAUCGUUCCUCGUCGAGCAUCGAGUCAGACGAAUGGAUCGCAUACAGUCAGUACCCACGACCGGGCCCUUAUCCAACUCUCGUGCCUAACAGUGAUGAACCGAAACUUAAGUACAUCAAAAUCAUGGGAUACAGUAUGCGUACGGAACGGUUCCGCUACACGGCGUGGAUUAAAUUCAAUCCACUCAUCUUCAAGCGAGACUGGACCACACUAUACGGCGAGGAGUUAUACGAUCACGCGAUCGAUCCAAAAGAAAAUAUGAAUCUCAUCGACCGAGAACCGCUUUCUUCGAUCCGGAAUGUGCUGCAAACGAAAUUAAAAGAAAAGUUUCCGUAACAUCCGGAUGGUCUUUCUGUAAAAAUUAUGUUGACGACAC